AUGUCCUUCGCCAUUCCGCGCAACGUCCCCGACUUCAACGACGCGCAGCGCCGCUUCGAGGAUAACGUAUGGAGCAAGUUCAGUGGCAAUGAGAAGGGGCUCCCGAUGUAUAAGGAUAAGCCGGCUUAUUAUGGGGGCCGGAGAGGGGUGAAGCGGUGGUGUAGAGGGAAGAGAGGGGUGGGCUUGGUUGUGCUGGUGGUGUUUGGGGUGUUGUAUUGGCUUGGGUGGUUGAGUGGGGGGAAGAGAGUUGGAGACGGGGUGGAGAAGAAGGAGGGCUGGGGGAGUAUAUUGGGAAGUGGUGGUGCGGGGAAGAAGGGAGUGGAUUGGGAGAAGAGGAGGGAAAGUGUGAGGGACGCUUUCUUGCUUAGUUGGAACGCGUAUGAGGAGCAUGGAUGGGGAUACGACGAAUACCACCCCGUCUCGAGAAAUGGCAGAUAUAUGGCAGAGCCGAACGGUCUAGGCUGGAUCAUCGUCGACGCGCUGGAUACCCUGAUGCUAAUGAAUCUCACGAAAGAGCUGAAGCACGCGAGGGAGUGGAUAUCGACAACAUUGAACUAUGAUAAGGAUCAGGACGUUAAUACCUUCGAGACUACGAUACGGAUGCUGGGCGGACUGCUGUCGGCGCAUUACCUGCAAGAGGCGCUUCCCGGGAUGAAACCCGAGAACGCGAAUGAGGAGGAUCUAUUCCUGGAGAAGGCUACAGACCUUGCGGACAGGUUGAUGGGAGCUUAUGAGUCGCCAUCUGGCGUACCAUGGGCGAGCGUCAUUCUCAAGACUGGGCAAGGAAAAGGAUCACACACAGAUGGAGGAGCCUCGUCCACCGCUGAAGCAACCAGUCUGCAGCUCGAGAUGAAAUACCUGGCCUACUUAACCGGUGAAGCACACUAUUGGGAGAAAGCGGAGAAAGUCAUGGAAGUGGUGGACAACAAUGGAGCGAAAGACGGCCUAGUGCCCAUCUUUAUCUACGCCGACAAGGGCACGUUCCGCGGCAAUGAGAUCCGACUCGGGAGUCGCGGCGAUUCGUACUACGAAUAUCUCAUUAAGCAGUACUAUCAAACGCAGAAGCAAGAGCCAGUUUACCUAGAGAUGUGGAACGAAGCCCUAGCGGGCGUCAAGAAGCAUCUCCUUACCUACUCAAAAGACAGCCACUUUACCGUCCUAGCAGAGAGACCGGCUGGCCUGGAUGGUUAUCUCCACCCGAAAAUGGAUCACCUUGUGUGCUUCAUGCCCGGCACAAUCGCUCUAUCCGCAACCGGCGGUCUCACUCUCGCCGAAGCCCGCAAACUACGCUCGUGGGGCAAGCAGCAAGAGGAGGACAUUCUCCUCGCCCGCGAACUCACCAAGACCUGCAUGGGCAUGUACCGCGUCACCCCGACCGGGCUCGCCCCGGAAAUUGCACACUUUGAGCUCUCGGAUCCACCCAAGAUGUACCGCCAGGAGAUCCUGGAGUCCAAGUCCGACCUGGAGGCGGCCGAGGACGCGGACUGGAAGAAAGACUACAUCGUCAAGCCCGCCGAUGCGCAUAACCUGCAGCGACCCGAGACGGUGGAGAGUCUGUUCUACAUGUGGCGCAUUACCGGCGACGAUCUGUAUAGGGAGUGGGGCUGGCAGAUGUUCGAGAGCUUUGUCGAGCACACGAUUGUAGAGAAUGGGGGAGGGUUUACCAGUGUGGGGAAUGUGAUGGUUGUUCCGCCGCCGAGUCGGGAUAAUAUGGAGAGCUUUUGGCUAGCAGAAACCCUCAAGUACUUCUACCUCCUCUUCGGACCCAACGACGUUCUCCCCCUCGACCAGAUCGUGCUUAAUACGGAAGCGCAUCCUUUCCCGGUGUUUGAUGCGAGCAAGAAGAGAUUUAAGACGGGGUGGAAGAGGGUCCCCAGGGAUCAGGAUGGGAAUCUGGUUAGGGGGAAGCCGGAGAUGAAGGAUACGCAUCCUGGAAGAUGA